UGAUGCAAAUACAAAUUUUCUUAUAGACAGUGAAAACUGGAUUAACUAAACGUUGUCCUAAAUGUGCAUUGUUUGCCAAAACCCUGUAGGUACUUUGUAUACCAGUAUAUUUCGUUGCUCUGGUAAUCCGAUUAUUAUACUCGAUACAAACACACCUGACAAUUCAUACCAACAAAUAAGCUAAAAUGGUUAUAUCUGAAGUUGAGGAAGUAUUUAUAAGAUACAGAGCCCAAGAAAAUAAAAUAGACAAUAUUUUACGCAAUAAUGAUGAAGCUGCAACGAAAGCAACUGAUAUAAACUUCACAAACCUACAAACGCAAAAUAUAUCUGCAGACGAAGCAAAAACUCGUAACACGCAAAUUUUGAAGGAGUUGGAGUUUAUUAAAGGCAACCUCAGAUCGAAAUCAAUUUUCAGCCCCACUGAGCUGCAUUGGGAAAAAGUAUGUGAAAAAUAUCAGAACAAUCCCUCACUUUCCGUUACAACGUGGCAUUGUCAUGUUCCAGUUUUUGUCUAGAAUUUUCUAGAAAGUGACAAUAAAUGCUUCUAUUAGCUUGA